AUUUUCAACAAGGAGAGACUGAACAGAUGCAGGCUCUCAAUGUGCCAAUGGUGAUGCAAUGGAUGACUGGGCAGGCACACAAACAUUUGCUUGUCUCAGACAGAAAUGCUUUUAAAAUCACCAUAAUAUUUGACCACAACUGCCUACAGCACACACCAGGCCACACUGUGUGUUAUCCUCUUGUAAGUGCUUGUACCAGCACUGUAACCUUUCCAAUGGCUCAUCUAGAGGAUUAUGAAUCCUUCAGGAGCAACCUUCACACUGCAAUAACACAUGGGGCCAGUUUUGACCGGUUGUAAGUGUUCAUACUUCAGAAUGUUUUCAUGAAGUUAGGUGUUUUUUGUCAAGUUGUUUAAACCUAAUUUUACAAGAAGUAUGUCGUUACACGGUUUAAGCAUUUUAUGGUUAAAAAGUAAUGCUGUGAAUGUUGCCAUUUGACAUGUCACAGAAAUGCAGUUUUGCAAAUAUUUUUCUUUCCUACAACAGCCUUUAUUGAUCUAUUGUAUUUCCAUGUAUUUUAUACCGAUCAGUUGCACUGUUU